AGCCGCGGCUCCCAGACGGGCUCUCUGAGUCCCUCUCCGAGAGCCGGGCGGGCACGCGUCAUUGUGUUACCUGCGGCCGGGCCGCGAGCUGGGCUCGGGUUUUUAUUUUUUUAUUUUUUUUCCUUCCUCCCCUCCCUCCCUCCUUUCUGAGCAGCUGAUCUGAAAGGGAAUAAAAGGCUGCGCAUAAUCAUAAUAAUAAAAGAAGGGGAGCGCGAGAGAAGGAAAGAAAGCCGGGAGGUGGAAGAGGAGGGGGAGCGCCUCAAAGAAGCGAUCAGAAUAAUAAAAGGAGGCCGGGCUCUUUGCCUUCUGGAACGGGCCGCUCUUGAAAGGGCUUUUGAAAAGUGGUGUUGUUUUCCAGUCGUGCAUGCUCCAAUCGGCGGAGUAUAUUAGAGCCCGGACGCGGCGGCCGCAGGGGCAGCGGCGACGGCAGCACCGGCGGCAACACCAGCGGCAGCACCAGCGCGAGCAGCAGCGGCGGCGGCGGCGUCCCGAGUGCCCGCGGCGCGCGGUGCAGCGAUGCGGUCCCCACGGACGCGCGGCCGGCCCGGGCGCCCCCUGAGCCUCCUGCUCGCCUUGCUCUGCGCCCUGCGAGCCAAGGUGUGCUGGGCCUCCGGUCAGUUCGAGUUGGAGAUCCUGUCCAUGCAGAACGUGAAUGGGGAGCUGCAGAACGGGAACUGCUGCGGCGGCGCCCGGAACCCAGGGGACCGCAAGUGCUCCCGCGACGAGUGUGACACGUACUUCAAAGUGUGCCUCAAGGAGUACCAGUGGCGCGUUACGGCCGGGGGGCCCUGCAGCUUCGGCUCGGGGUCCACGCCUGUCAUCGGGGGCAACAACUUCAACCUCAAGGCCAGUCGCGGCAACGAACGCAACCGCAUCGUGCUGCCUUUCAGUUUCGCCUGGCCGAGGUCCUACACUUUGCUCGUGGAGGCGUGGGAUUCCAGCAAUGACACUGUUCAACCUGACAGCAUUAUUGAAAAGGCUUCUUACUCAGGCAUGAUCAACCCCAGCCGUCAGUGGCAGACACUAAAGCAGAACACAGGGGUUGCCCACUUUGAGUAUCAGAUCCGCGUGACCUGCGAUGAACAUUACUAUGGCUUUGGCUGCAAUAAGUUCUGCCGACCCCGAGAUGACUUCUUUGGACACUAUGCCUGUGACCAGAAUGGCAACAAAACCUGCAUGGAAGGCUGGAUGGGUCCCGAGUGUAACAAAGCUAUUUGCCGACAGGGCUGUAGCCCCAAGCAUGGGUCUUGCAAACUCCCAGGUGACUGCAGGUGCCAGUAUGGCUGGCAGGGCCUGUACUGUGACAAGUGCAUCCCGCACCCAGGGUGUGUCCACGGCACCUGUAACGAGCCCUGGCAGUGCCUCUGUGAGACCAACUGGGGCGGCCAGCUCUGCGACAAAGAUCUCAACUACUGCGGGACCCAUCAGCCGUGUCUCAAUGGGGGAACCUGUAGCAACACGGGGCCUGAUAAAUAUCAGUGUUCCUGCCCCGAGGGGUACUCAGGACCCAACUGUGAAAUUGCGGAGCACGCCUGCCUCUCUGAUCCCUGCCACAACAGAGGCAGCUGCAAGGAGACCUCCCUGGGGUUUGAGUGUGAGUGUUCUCCGGGCUGGACUGGUCCCACGUGCUCCACAAACAUUGAUGACUGUUCUCCGAAUAACUGUUCCCACGGGGGCACCUGCCAGGACUUGGUUAACGGAUUCAAGUGCGUGUGCCCACCCCAGUGGACUGGCAAAACGUGCCAGUUAGAUGCAAAUGAAUGCGAGGCCAAACCUUGUGUAAAUGCCAAAUCCUGUAAGAAUCUGAUCGCCAGCUACUAUUGUGACUGCCUCCCAGGCUGGAUGGGUCAGAAUUGUGACAUAAAUAUUAAUGACUGCCUUGGCCAGUGUCAGAAUGGCGCCUCCUGUCGGGAUUUGGUUAAUGGUUAUCGAUGUGUCUGUCCACCUGGCUAUGCAGGAGAUCACUGUGAGACAGACAUCGAUGAGUGCUCCAGCAACCCCUGUCUGAACGGGGGUCACUGUCAGAAUGAAAUCAACAGAUUCCAGUGUCUGUGUCCCACUGGUUUCUCUGGAAACCUCUGUCAGCUGGACAUCGAUUAUUGCGAGCCCAAUCCGUGCCAGAACGGUGCUCAGUGCUUCAACCGUGCCAGUGACUAUUUCUGCAAGUGCCCUGAGGAUUAUGAAGGCAAGAACUGCUCCCACCUUAAGGACCACUGCCGCACCACCCCCUGUGAAGUGAUUGACAGCUGCACGGUGGCCAUGGCCUCCAACGACACGCCAGAAGGGGUGCGCUAUAUCUCCUCGAACGUCUGUGGACCCCAUGGGAAGUGCAAGAGUCAGUCAGGAGGCAAAUUCACCUGCGAUUGUAACAAAGGCUUCACUGGAACCUACUGCCAUGAAAAUAUUAAUGACUGUGAGAGCAACCCCUGCAAAAAUGGUGGUACUUGUAUUGAUGGCGUCAACUCCUACAAGUGUAUCUGCAGUGACGGCUGGGAGGGGGCCUACUGUGAAACCAACAUUAAUGACUGCAGCCAGAACCCCUGCCACAAUGGGGGCUCGUGUCGCGACCUGGUCAACGACUUUUACUGUGACUGUAAAAAUGGGUGGAAAGGCAAGACCUGCCACUCACGUGACAGCCAGUGUGAUGAGGCCACAUGCAACAACGGUGGCACCUGCUAUGAUGAGGGAGACACUUUCAAGUGCAUGUGUCCUGGAGGCUGGGAAGGAACGACCUGUAACAUAGCCCGAAACAGUAGCUGCCUGCCCAACCCCUGCCACAACGGGGGCACCUGUGUGGUCAACGGCGAGUCCUUCACGUGUGUCUGCAAAGAAGGCUGGGAGGGGCCCAUCUGUACUCAGAAUACCAAUGACUGCAGUCCUCAUCCCUGCUACAACAGCGGCACCUGUGUGGAUGGGGACAACUGGUACCGUUGUGAGUGCGCCCCUGGCUUUGCUGGGCCCGACUGCAGGAUAAACAUCAACGAAUGCCAGUCCUCACCUUGUGCCUUUGGGGCGACCUGUGUGGAUGAGAUCAAUGGGUACCGGUGUGUCUGCCCUCCAGGGCACAGUGGUGCAAAAUGCCAGGAAGUUUCAGGGCGACCUUGCAUCACCGUGGGGAGUGUGAUCCCCGACGGGGCCAAGUGGGACGACGACUGCAACGCCUGCCAGUGCUUGGACGGGAGGAUCGCCUGCUCGAAGGUAGGCGUGGGCCCGGGCCGCCCGCGUUCUGGAAGCGCCGAUAGGCGUCUCCUGAGCUGGCUCCGUCUGUCUCUGCAGGUGUGGUGUGGCCCCCGCCCUUGCUCCCUCCACAAAGGGCACAGCGAGUGCCCCAGUGGGCAGAGCUGCAUCCCCAUCCUGGACACCCAGUGCUUCGUCCGCCCCUGCACUGGUGUGGGUGAGUGCCGGUCUGCCAGCUUCCAGCCAGUGAAGACCAAGUGCGCCUCCGACCCCUAUUACCAGGACAACUGCGCAAACAUCACGUUCACCUUCAACAAAGAGAUGAUGUCACCGGGUCUCACCACAGAGCAUAUUUGCAGCGAGUUGCGGAAUCUGAAUAUUUUGAAGAAUGUCUCUGCCGAAUAUUCCAUCUACAUAGCUUGCGAGCCUUCCCCUUCUGCGAACAAUGAAAUACACGUGGCCAUUUCUGCCGAAGACAUCCGGGAUGAUGGAAACCCCAUCAAGGAGAUCACCGACAAAAUCAUAGACCUUGUUAGCAAACGUGACGGGAACAGCUCUCUGAUCGCUGCCGUUGCGGAAGUGAGAGUUCAGAGGCGUCCUUUGAAGAACAGAACAGAUUUCCUGGUGCCCCUGCUCAGCUCGGUCCUGACGGUGGCCUGGGUCUGCUGCCUGGUGACCGCCUUCUACUGGUGCGUGCGCAAGCGGCGGAAGCCCAGCAGCCACGCGCGCUCGGCCUCGGAGGACAACACCACCAACAACGUGAGGGAGCAGCUGAACCAGAUCAAGAACCCCAUCGAGAAGCAUGGGGCCAACACGGUCCCCAUCAAGGACUACGAGAACAAAAACUCCAAAAUGUCCAAAAUAAGGACACACAACUCGGAGGUGGAAGAGGACGACAUGGACAAGCACCAGCAGAAAGCCCGCUUCGCCAAGCAGGCCACGUACACACUGGUCGACAGAGAGGAGAAGCCCCCCAACGGCACGCCGGCCAAACACCCAAACUGGACAAACAAACAGGACAACAGAGACCUGGAGAGCGCCCAGAGCCUGAACCGCAUGGAGUACAUCGUAUAGCAGACGGCGAGGCAGAGUCCCAGGGCGCCCAGGGCUUUGCGCCUCUCCCGCUGUCCUGUCCUGUCCCGUUCCGGUCCGAGGCUGUCGUUGACUUAGAACCCUUGUGUUAAUUUAAGUUCUGACAAGCUGGCUUACACUGGCAAUGGUAGUUUCUGUGGUUGGCUGGGCCGAGCUGCAUCUCACAGCUAUGCAAACACCAGGCCCCCGGGGCCCCGCUUCCCCGCACCUCUCGGAUCAGGCUCCCAGGAGAACGCCCGGCCCCCCUAGGCCUCCGGCUCCCACUUCUGCCAGAUGGUGAUGCAGUCUUAGGAUCAUAGCUUUUAUUUAUAUUUAUUGACUCUUGAGUUGUUUUUGUAUAUUGGUUUUAUGAUGACGUCCAAGUAGUUCUGUAUUUGAAAAGUGCCUUUGCAGCUCAGAACCACAGCAACUAUCACAAAUGAGUUUAUUAUUUAUUUUUUUUAUUGUAUUUUUGUCGUUGUUGGGGGAGGGGGGGGGCCUUUGAUGUCAGCAGUUGCUGGUAAAAUGAAGAAUUUAAAGAGGAAAAAAUGUGUCAAAAGUAGAAUUUUGUAUAGUUAUGUAAAUAAUUCUUUUUUAUUAAUCACUGUGUAUAUUUGAUUUAUUAACUUAAUAAUCAAGAGCCUUAAAACAUCAUUCCUUUUUAUUUAUAUGUAUGUGUUUAGAAUUGAAGGUUUUUGAUAGUGUUGUAAGCGUAUGGCUUUAUUUUUUUGAACUUAUUUUCUUAUUACGUGUUGCCUAUAAGCCAAAAUUAAGGUGUUUGAAGAUAGUUUAAGACAAUAGGACAGGCUUUCCAUGCCUGGAAUACUGGUGGAACUUUUUUCUCGUACGACGUCAGAUGUUUAAAACACCUUCAAUAGCUUCCCUUCAAAACACGUUUUAAGGACUGACUGAGGCAGUUUGAGAAUUAGUCUAGAACAGGUUUUUGGUUUUUUUUUCUGCUUUAGACUUGAAAAGACAGGCAGGUGAUCUGCUACCAUGAGCAGUUUAAGGGAACAAGUCGAGCUAUGACUAAACGUAGCCAAAACAUGAGUGGUUGAAUAUCAUUAAAAAUAUCUAAUUAAUUGUGUGAAGUUGGAAGCACACCGAUCUUAUUUUGUAAAUUCUGAUUUCUUUUUCACCAUUCGUCAUGUAAGACUGAACCACUUGUAGAUUUGAUUUUUGUUGUUAUCUACUGCAUUUAGGGAGUAUUCUAAUAAGCUAGUUGAAUACUUGAACCGUAAAAUGUCCAGUAAGAUCACUGUUUAGAUUUGCCAUAGAGUACACUGCCUGCCUUAAGUGAGGAAAUCAAAAUGUUAAGACAUUUAAGAUCAAUAAGGCUUAUUAAAAAUAGUGAUUUCGUGGGUUCACCAUUGAGACCUUGUAUUGUCCUCUUCCUGUUAAUACAGACAUCAACCUGCAUCUUCGAUGUGUUGUUCCUGGCAAUAAAUUUUGAAAAGUAAUAUUUAUUAAAUUUUUUGUACGAAAACA